GUACUUUGCAACCCACAUUGCUUCCGUUGUGACCCUUGUCAUCGAGUCCCUGAAUGCCAGAGCACACAAGGGCAAGGCAUGCCACCAGGGCAUCCUCGCUUGGCUUCAGACCCUGUCAACUGGCCGCAUUCCCUAUGGCCCGGUGCUCGCGCAGCACAGCAUGCGGCAGGGGUCCUGGAGGUUCACAGACUGCGGGUGGCUCUACCCGGACUGCCUCAGCCCCUGGUUUGAAAAAAUGAGGAUAGUCGUGCAUCCUGACUGGUUGCAUUUGUGCUCACUGGCCCUUGCCAAGGUGACAGGAGUGGCUCCAGUGGCUCCAGUGGAUCCAGCUUCUUGGCGGCAUUCUAGCGUAGCUGCUGCUCCAGCAAAGUCGUGGCUUGCAGCUGCCCGAGGCUUUAACUUCCUGGACCACUACGCCAAGGCCGUGGAUCGCAUCCACGUGUUGCUCAUCUUUGAGGGCAGCUGCCUCAGUGCGGCUGGCGUGGAGCUGACGGAGGACACGACGUCAACCAGGGCGCAGAUGAAGCAGCUGUGGCGCUACCGGGGCAAGGUUGACUGGAACAGCUGGUCCCUCCCGUAUCCCGGCGUCACGCCCCACCUCUUCAAGGCGGAAGGCAUCCUCCGGGACCACUCCCUGAGCUUGGUCGAGGACA